GUAGCGGGAACCGAACUGCUUUGUGGGUCGUCACUACCGACUGAAUGAAGAAUAUAUAAAGAGUUGCUAGAACCACGAUGAUUGCAAACAGAAACCCCAGGUCCAAAACAGCUCCUCAAUCAAUCAAUUCAUCCUUUCUUAACACCAAAAAAAUCACCCAUCAUCCAUCUUUCUUGAUUCUUGAAGCAUCUUCUCUCCAAAUUAACCCAACUCGCCACCAUGCCCACCUACGCACCCAUCAUCACAGAGCUCCGCGAUGAGCUCCUCCGAGAAGUCGACGAUCUUGACACGGCUGUGCGAAAUGCCCUCGCACACGACAUCCCUGACAUGAAGACCUACGGCAUCAUAUCCGGCAAAGGCUUUCUCGAUUUCGCAGACUGGUUGGUGCGCGGCUGGAUCCCCACCGAAAGCACCAACGGUCGCGACAUCUACUACAUUCUCUGCAUGUUCUAUUUCGUGCUUGCGCAAGAACCGUUCGGCGUGCGUCAGACAUCCAUUGUUCCCAAGAAUGUGAAUAAGCCACUCACUCCGCUCUCGGACUGGCUGGUUCGAUUCGCCAAGGAGAUCGGGAGCAUUAUGGAUAAGCCCGAGUCAUGGAAUGAGACUUCCUUGACAAGCUACCGAAAUUCCCCUCAAUUCCGUGUGUUUGAAGCUGAGGACCCAAAGAAUUGGAAGACUUUCAAUCAAUUCUUCUAUCGCAAGCUUAAGGAACCACGUAGGAUUUUCGGGCAAAACGAUGACCGUAUUGUCACUUUCCCCGCCGAUUCCACCUUUGCCGGUGCCUUUUCCAUCACCGAUGAAUCCGAGGUGAUACUUAAGAACAUCCCUUGGAAAGUCUCAGACAUGCUCGGUAAAUAUGGGAAAGAGAAGGUCCCAAACUUUGACAACAAAACUACAUACGGAGAAUUGUUUCAAGAAGGAAUUUGGACACAUAGUUUCCUCAAUACUUUUGAUUAUCAUCGACAGCAUGCCCCUGUCUCUGGGACUGUCGAGAUCAUUGAUGUGAUCCAAGGUGCUGCUUAUUUAGAGGUCCUCGUCGAGACAGACAAGAAAGCUGGUGGACACAAUUUCCUUGCACCCCGACGACGAAUUUCCCCCCGUAUGAAGAAGCGAGAGUCCAAUGGAGCCACUACCCUUGACGCUCCUGAUUCACCCGGUUACCAAUUCUUGCAAACCCGUGGAAUUCUCAUUAUCAAUAACGAACAUUUGGGUCGAGUAGCUGUCAUGCCUAUUGGCAUGGCGAUAGUUUCCUCUGUCAAUAUGAACACGGAUUUACUGGGCAAGAAGAUCAAUAAGGGAGAUGAGAUUUCGCAUUUUGCUUUCGGAGGAUCGGAUUGCGUCAUGAUGUUUGAACAGAAGGCCAGAGUUUCUAAUUUCCCAGAUUUGGAGGCUGGUGAGCAUUUCUAUUAUGGCGAGAAACUCUGCAAGGCUCAUUACAAAUAAGCUGUUCCAUGUAGUCUCAAGAGCAAAAUUGCCGUCAACUGAUGGGACAAUGUCUUGGUUUCGUUGUCAUUCUUUUGAUGUUUGACGCGGUAGUUAUGUUACUGUACCCAAUUAUCUUAGCCAGCUUAAUAUAUCAAAAUUUGAUCUGGUAAUCACACCAAUUGCCUUUGACCGAGUGAUAAUAUGAUUUUGAGA